GCCUGGCAUCCAACUCCUUCUCUGCAUAGCCGCAAGCGUUCUCUUCCAUAUUUCUGGCAGCAUUUGCAACAUCAUCAAGCCGACGCAACAGUAUGGAGGGCGCGGUAAAUCCAUCCCUCGUCGCCGGCGUGCCACCCGCGCUGGAACUGGCCCGAGACCCGGCGCCGUCGGCCGAAGAGUGCCAUUCACCCCAAUUGGACGUGGCUGAGGACGAUGACUUGGAUGUGGAUCAAGAUGAUGCCCAAUCGUUCAUGCAGCCAGCAAUUAGCCCGCUGGCGACCCUUCUCACGGCACCAAGCACGCCGGCCGCGGACAAGGCUGCGGCGUUCGAUCACCAGCCUGCGGGUGGCCUAUUCGAGAAGCAGGAGGCUGAUGAGCCAAGUCAGGGGUCUCAGCCACGGCAUGUUUCCGACGACACGCCCCCCGGCGCGUCGGUGAACCAUGGCACGGGCCGCGAGUCCCCCGUCGUGCGGCUCCCUACGCCAUGGCAAGCCUGGCCGAAGCAGUUUUUGACUGCAGAGCCGGGCCGGUUCAGGUCCUCGAUGGCUGCGGCCUUCCAAACGAGGCCUCAGCGCUCCCAUUCAGCUGGCGACAGCGCCCUAAAGAGGCUGUCGAAAGCCUUGCCUUCCAUCUCGAUUCCCUCUGGCCUCAUCCCGAAUAUCCCCACGCCAACCUUCUUCUCCUCCAGCUCCGGCUCGCCCCCAAAAGGAUCUCAGCUUCGGACGACGGCAACAGCCCUCUUGGGCCCCGAGAAGCCGCCCAACAGCUCAUUUCUGGACGUUCCCUCUCCGCAGGCACCCCCUCUCCAACCUGAUCUCGCCAGAUCCCAAACCCUCCGCCAUUCGGCCUCGGACGACUCUCUUCUUUAUCACACCCUAUCCCGUGUUUCUUCUCUGGGAGACGACGCACGCUUUGUGCACGUACGAGAGCAAGUGAACGUGCGAUUCAAGGCGAUCAUAGACAGCUUCGACGGUCCGUCGUUCAAGCUGCCACAAAUGCCAAAUCUGCUCAACACGCCGCACAAGAAGUCACCCGCUGAGCCAGUGCCAGGAGUGCGCAGGCAAGGCUCUGUCCAACUUAGCCACCGGGUAAACCAAGACCCGCUAGACGCCGUCUUGGAGUCGCUGACCGGAGACAUUGUCGUCAUGGGCGGGUACAGAGGCUCUAUUUUGCGCUCAGCCAAGCCUCCGCACAGGCGCUUGUGGGUUCCCGUCAAGGUUCAGCUGGGGGUCCGAAAGGUGAACCUGGAAGUCGGGCUCGAUCCCGAGGACGAGGAGAACAUGGAGAAGAGCAUCAUUGCCGAUGGGAUGCUGCAGAACGUCGGGCCGGUCGACAUCUCAAGGCGGCUUUUCAAGAAGCUGAGGGAGUGCGAAAACGCCCGGACCGGCAAGCUCAGAGUCCAUGACUACGGCUAUGACUGGAGGCUUAGCCCCCACCUGUUGUCCCGUAAAUUGGUCGAGUUCCUCGAGAAGCUACCGUCGAACCAGCCCGGUGUCCCAGCGGAACGGCGGGGUGCACUCGUCAUUGCCCACAGUCUCGGCGGUCUCAUCACGCGGCACGCCGUGAACCAGCGGCCCGAUCUGUUCUCCGGCGUCCUGUAUGCCGGCGUUCCACAGCGCUGCGUCAACAUCCUCGGGCCUCUCCGCAACGGCGAUGCUGUGCUCUUGAACGAGAAGAUACUCACCGCGCAGGUCAACUUCUCCCUGCGGACCACAUUCGUCUUCCUCCCCGAAGACGGCUUCUGCUUCGUGGACAAGGCCACCAAGGAGGAGUACCGGGUGGACUUCUACAACGUCGAAGACUGGAUUAAGUAUCGCUGGUCCCCGUGCGUCUCCGAGCCCCCGCUCCCGGCGCUCUCGCGAAGCAGCACCUUCGGCUCCCUGCUCAGCCUGUCCGACUCCCUCCCAAGUCUCCCUCUCCGUGGCCGCAGCAACACCCAGAGCAAAAAGCACCUCGCGUCUGCUGCCGCCGCGGCGGCCACGGCUGACAUUACCCACGCUGUCGGCAAGGACAGAACCCUCGCCCCGCAAAUGGGGAGCUCUUCCGCCGCAAGCAACUCAUCCCCAUCCCCAUCGCCAGACACCCCCGGCGCCCCGAAAAUCGGCGGCGGCAGCUGCAGCAGCAGCAACAUCAACGGCGACAACGGCAACAACAACAACAAACACCCCACCGACGCCGCCCGCGCGCGCAACAUCGCGUACCUGGCCCGCACGCUGGCCGAGACGAAGCGGUUCCGCGCGGAGCUCGCGCACCGGCGGGAGCACCAGGAGGCCAACGCGUACCCGCCGCUGGCGGUGAUCUACGCCAAGGACAUCCCGACGACGUACGCGGCGCGGGUGGCGUCGCGGGCGGCCAUCGCGUGCGCGGACGCGUACGACGACCUGGUGUUCGCCAGCGGCGACGGCGUCGUGCUCGCGCGCGAGGCCAUGCUGCCCCCCGGCUACGAGCUCGUCCGCGGCGGCAGGGUGUGCACCGACCGCGGCCACAUCACCAUGCUCGGCGACCUGGCUGCCGUCGGCCGGGGGCUCGAGGCGCUCGUCAGGGGCAGGAGGAAGGGGAUUGGUCUGGGCAGGGGGACGUGAGCUGCCUGC